AUCUACUUAACCUUAAUCCCAAAUGGCAGGAAUCAAAUUAAAAUGAACGCAAACGCAAGAUUCUGUUCAUUUUCAAAUAAGAAAUACCUUAUCAUUUUUAAUAGAGUUUUGAGCAACUCUACUCAUAAUUGUUUGAAGCCAAUUGUACGUAUCAAAUCCAACAAAAUUUGGAAUAACAAACCACAAGAUCCAGUUAAAAUUGACCAAGAAACUGUGAAUCUUUUAGAAAGAUUAUCAUUAGUGGAUUGUGCGAAUGAAAACAGUUUGAAACUGAUAGAAAAUGCAGUGAAUUUUGCUAGUGUAAUUCAUUCUGUAGAUACUGAAGGUGUCGAACCUCUUGUCACUGUUUCCGAAGAUAGACCACUGGCUUUGAGGGAAGAUAUUGUACUAGAGGAUUUUUGUAAAGAGCAAAUUCUAAGUAAUGCAAAAUUAACUGAAGAGGAUUACUUUGUUGUGCCUCCUGGAAAUGUACCAAUAGAAACAGAUGAAUUAUUUGAAAAAUCAGGAAAAAUUAUAAAAAAUUGAAGAUGUUUCGAAAAAUAGUAGAUUUUUGUACUAGAAAUUCUUUUCUUAAAAUUGUUGAAAGUUCUCCCACAAAUCAAUUGCUACUAGAACAGGGAUUACCUGGUACUCUUUUGGAAGAAAAUUUAAGGAGGGAAUGGUUUGAUAAUUUUUUGAAUAGUAAGGAAAUACCAGUAUUCUAUAGUAAAGGCGAUUUCAAGGAUACUU